CAUGUUUCAACCCAGACCACACAUCGAUCACAUCUGACGUCGGAGAUCGAGGACGCGUAGUCGUGGAAGGGUAUGGAUGUUGCGGCACCUUAUUUUGUCAGUAUAACUAUUCCAGUGGUCGGCCUGCUUCACCAAGAUCGAUCAUGUUCCACAAGGCCUCCUAAUUUCAACUACGUUGCUGUAGCGCCACUACGCUCCAAGUAUUAACCAACCGUCCACAUCCUCCACUAUGGCAAGGCGCAUGGCCACCUCUGCUCCUCCUCGAAGCAAACCCUCCCACCACUCACGCCGUCAUAAAUCUCACACCCAAGAGCAACCUCAGAUCCGCGAGAAAGAAUGCGGCUUCGACUGGACGCCCGGCAUCGUCCUUGCCCUUGUCGGCACGCUGACAUGGUUGGACCACACCUUUGACAAAUCUCGUCGACGGAGUCUCGAGGCACAUGAACAUGAGAAACACAGGGACGCAAGUCCCGACGAGAGUGACGAUGAAAGUAUACGCUCGAUCGAGAGGUCACCGACUCGCAGACGGCCGAGGAAGGAAAGGGAGAGGUCAAGAGAGGGUGAUAGUGAGAAAGAGAGAGAGCGGCCAAGAGCACGGUUUGACCUGAGUGGUGUCGUCGAUGAGAAAUAUUACGAGUAUGGGCCAAAGAGAGGGAGGUCAACGUGGCGUUGAUAAUAUGUAUUAUGUGUAUGAACACAGGAUGACUGGGCUGUCUGAAGCGUGUACGAUAUGUGACGAAUACUAGAGAUGGGCGAUGUAAGAUGACUUCCCACUCGACAGGUUAGUUCAUUGACGCAGCGUGUCGUAAAAUUUAACGAUAUUUGGUAUUUAAUUCGAAUCGCUUU